AGAAGAAGGAGCAGCAGGCGUCUCCUGCGCUGCUGGGAGCAGGAAGUUGAACAACGACAACAAAGGCUGUGUUAGUUGAAAUAAUAACAUAUUUAACACUGGUGGAUAUGGUUUUUGUCUUCCCUCUGGUUUUGCCUUAAGUGAGCAGGUCCUAGUGUGGAAACCUUUGGACACACCUGACACUUAUUUGCUGAGCAGGACGAUGGAGGAAACGAGCAGGGAGGCAGUUGCCACGGCAGUGCAGCGUGUGGCAGGGAUGCUGCAGAGGUCAGAUCAGCUGGAUAAAGUGGAGCAAUACAGAAGAAGAGAAGCCCGUAAAAAGGCGUCAGUGGAAGCGCGGCUCAAGGCAGCCAUUCAGUCCCAGUUGGAUGGUGUUCGGACUGGACUGACCCAGCUGCACAGCGCUCUGCUAGAUGUCAAAGAUAUCCAGAGUUCAUUGGCUGAUGUCAGUAAAGACUGGAGGCAGAGCAUUAACACCAUUGAAAACCUAAAAGAUGUCAAGGAUGCUGUAGUUCAGCACAGCCAGCUGGCUGCUGCUGUGGAAAACCUAAAAAAUAUCUUCUCUGUGCCAGAGAUAGUGGGAGAGACACAGCAGCUGAUAGAGCAGGCAGAGCUGCUGCAGGCCCACAGGAAGCUGAUGGAGCUGGAGUGUUCGCGUGACGACCUCAUGUAUGAGCAGUACCGUAUGGACAGCAAGAACACCAGUGACAUGCAUCUCAUUUCCAUCUACUUUGAAGAUGUAAGCGAACAGCAAAGUCGACGUAGCGAGUUGGACCAGUGGCAGCUUUGCCCCUAA